UUCUCUUUUGGGACUAUCUGUAAACGAUACAAUCCACGUGCGCUCGGGGAUAACUAAACUCGCGGGCGUCUUGACUUUUGUUGAAAGCUCUUCCGAUCGCAGAGGAUCUGUCUCAGAAACAGCAACCAACAGUGCUGUAUUUUGGUAUUCUGGAGUAAUAACUACACAACUGCAGUAUCCAUACACGAGAGGAUGUUAUCUUCUGAUAGUGACUCGGACGACUCCAUCGACGUCUCCACGACGGACCCACCGCGCCAAGCUCACAAGGAGAAAAAGGAGUUCCUGAGGAGCAAUCUGAGCUCCAUGGCUCCUGUAUCCUCGACAGUGAGCCGAGCUCGCUCAGUGUCACGACGUCUCCUGAGAACACCUAAAUGUGCCCGUUGUAGGAACCAUGGAGUUGUCUCCUGUUUAAAAGGACACAAACGUUACUGUAGGUGGCGCGACUGUCAGUGCGCGAAUUGCCUCCUGGUGGUGGAGCGACAGAGAGUAAUGGCUGCCCAGGUGGCGCUCAGAAGGCACCAGGCCACAGAUAGUGACCAGAAUAUCAAGGCAAAAGUCAAAAACGCAGCCGCCUUGCUUCAACAGAGGAAGAUUCUACAAAGAAAUCUCCGCAGCCUUCAACAACAUACCCUGUCCAGAGAAAUCCUCUCCAAUUACCGCGCCCGGCUGCACGCUCUUCCUCCACCGGAAGCCAUCAGGUCAGUGCUUCCGUAUAUGAAUGAGCGCAUGCGCAAGAGAAGAUGCUUCGCAGAUAAGGAACUGGAUUUGGUGAUGUUCGAACGAGAGCGACAGGCUGAGAUCGUCAAGCAGAGACAAACUGGCAUGCAGCAGUUGCCACACAGUUCCGCCAUUGAUGUUUCGAAGUCCCGUUUGAUGCUCGGCAAUUCCAGUCCCAGAGAUUUCUUACAUCGGAUAUUUCCGGCGCACAACCCGAACGUGCUGGAGCUGGUGUGGCAAGGCUGUGGAGGGAGCUUGGAAAAGACCAUCGAGAUUGUAGCCCGUGGAUUGAAAACAAACCUUCCACAACUAUCUCCGCCUCAGCCUGCUUGCCCUCAGGCUGUCACUGGUAUUUUGCCCGUCUAUUUUGCCAAUUCCCAGCCUUGUUUUCCUUUAAAAUCAUCUUCAUCCGAAGUGACGGGAGCCGGGAUUAGACACCCAGCUUUCAACCUCCCAUCGUCGUAUUUCCCCCAUAUGAACACAGUGACAGCACUUAUGCCAAAAGCUUCGGCAUCAUCGACUUUAUCCAGUGCCAAAUCCGACGAUGUGAGACUGGCUGGUUCACCACGCCAAGAAGAAUCCAUCCGCAGAUCCACUACAGACACAUCACACAGCAGUGCGUGGAAUCUUACACGUGACCUUUUACAGCGCAGGUCAGCUUUUACUUCCGUGUCCUCAGACAAUGGUAAAUUAACCGACAGUGAUAUGUACGAAAGCUGCGACAGUGCGGCAACGAGUCCCCGAUCUCUGACAGAUUCGUUAUCGGAAGACAACGGCGACAACAACUACAGCAACAAAGUGUUCAGCACAACCAGUAGUAGUUCUGUUAACGCCAGCAAUCGCCGAGAUACGUGUAAAGGCAGUGUAGUGAAAUCCCCGCUCAAGUUUUCGGUUGCUUCCAUCAUUGGAAAGUAGAAACAGUAUAUCCAAAGGUUUCUUUCUGUGUAUUAAGUGCAGCUGCAAACCAUUUUCAUAUACAGAGUAUAUAGCUGUUCUCAGUAUACCUAGAAAUACCGAUCUCAUCUUUUCUACAUUUAGAAAUAUAUUUCAGGGACAUACGCAUAAUAACAUUGUAGUCGCAAGAAGAUUUCAACACAAAACUUUCAUAUGAUGUCGUUUGCUUUCAUGUUCAAAGCCAUAUAGUGUAAAUGCUGUAAUGAUAUAGCUGAGAACUAUUUUCACUGAAAUACGCAUAACAUAGAGUGACAUAUUCAUCUAUGUGUGUAAAAGUUAAUUUUCAUGCUAUUAUUUCAUAAAUAAAAUCGAGAUACUAAAA